UUGUUAGAGUUACUCUGGUCUGUUUGCAUGCAUUGCCCUCGCAACACGAUCCGCACCACAGCAGACUGCAAUGAAAGCGAAGAUCGUCUCCUCUGGCGAGCGUCAAAGACCGCCAAAAAAUGGCAUACUCCAGAUACUGCCACUACGGUCAAAGCUCUCAAGACAUUCCAAGCGCAUGCACUACCUUGGGCAAGCCUGACAUCCCACGGGAAGUCAAGACGAAGUCGAAGACCCGCGGAGUCCCGCAAGUUGAAGAACCCAAGCAGAUUGCAGAGACACCCGAAGUUUCAUCCCUCACUGUCACGGCCAUCCAACUGUCCAAAAGCCCUUACGCUGCGCUCCGCUGUAUGUUCCCCAGCACCUUGGAAGAGCACCAGAAGAGCGUCGAUUGGACCUCCUCCGUCAACAGCAUGAAUAGGGCGCGCUUCACAGCUAGGAACGGUGAAGAGACAAUCGCUCGCUUUGAGAACCGCAACGGUGAAGGAAGCAUCAACUUUCACCGACCUCAUCCGGAUCCUACUAUUGACCUUGUCAUGUUACAAGCCAUGGGUUGGCGCAUGAACAAGUGGCUCGACCGGGUUCGUGAGACUUUGGUUCUGGCGAAGAAGUCGGAGAAGGCUGGUGCUUAGAACUUGAAGGAUGGGUGAUAGGAGCAGAACCUUGUGUACUUAGACUAGCUUGUAUAUGCGACAAGGUAUUUGGCAAAACGGAUGUAAUCUUAGGGUGCCACAACUCGCAGCUACUCAAGCAUAGGCCCGCAGACUGGUAACAUACUCCCGGUGAUAUUGAUCCAAACAGGGAAGGUGCAUACUGUUCCGAGCCAUAACAUAUUAUUUUAACGGACCGGUGACCGGGAUUAGCAUCCUUUUUUUUUCUUUUUUCUCCGUUGCUCGAUGCUUUACAGAAAAUAGGAAGCAGUAAGACUUUAGGCUAUAGAUUUCGUUUCUUUAAAA